GGUCUUCGCCCCGCCUCUUCGCCCGCCCAGUUCUUCCGGGCGGGGCUGGGCCUGGAGUCCAGCGGCUGCUGGCUGGAGAGCCUGUGACUUCCUUGUUGAGUCCCCGCAGUUCUCGCCCGUCCCGCUAGCCGAGUGUCGGUCUGUGCCAUAACCCAAACGGUCGGUGCCCACCAUGCCCAACCCCAGCAGCACCUCCGGCCCCUGCCCCCUCCCUGAGGAAAUUAGGAACCUGUUGGCAGAUGUUGAAACAUUUGUAGCAGACAUACUGAAAGGGGAAAAUCUAUCCAAGAAAGCAAAGGAAAAGAGAGACUCUCUUAUUAAGAAGAUGAAAGAUGUGAAGUCUAUCUAUCUUCAGGAAUUUCAAGAUAAAGGUGAUACUGAGGAGGGGGAAGAGUACGACGAUCCUUUUGUUGGGCCUCCAGAUACUGUUUCAUUAGCCUCUGAUCGCAAUGAUAAAGAUGACGAUGCCCCCUCUGAUGGAAACCAGUUUCCUCCAAUUGCAGCACAGGACCUUCCUUUUGUUCUAAAGGCUGGUUACCUUGAAAAACGCAGAAAAGAUCACAGCUUUCUGGGGUUUGAGUGGCAGAAGCGGUGGUGUGCUCUCAGUAAAACAGUGUUCUACUAUUACGGAAGUGAUAAAGACAAACAACAGAAAGGUGAAUUUGCAGUAGAUGGCUACGAUGUCAGAAUGAAUAACACCCUUAGGAAGGAUGGAAAGAAAGAUUGCUGUUUUGAAAUCUGUGCUCCUGAUAAACGUGCCUAUCAGUUUACAGCCUCUUCUCCCAAAGAUGCUGAGGAAUGGGUCCAGCAGCUGAAAUUUGUAUUACAAGACAUGGGAUCUGAUAUUAUUCCUGAGGAUGAUGAUGAAAGAGGAGAAUUAUACGAUGACGUUGAUCAUCCCCUUCCAGUCAGCGGUCUGCCAACAAGUAAUCAGCCAAUAGAUGAUGAAAUUUAUGAGGAACUUCCAGAGGAGGAAGACGAUACUGUUUCAGUGAAGAUGGAGGAGCAAGGGAAGAGGAGUCAGGACAAUGUGCAGCACACCUCAGGAGAUAAAAGUACUGAUUAUGCAAAUUUUUACCAGGGAUUGUGGGACUGCACAGGAGCUCUUUCUGAUGAGUUAUCCUUUAAGCGUGGUGAUGUGAUUUACAUUCUUAGCAAGGAAUACAAUAGAUAUGGCUGGUGGGUAGGAGAAAUGAAGGGAGCCAUUGGCUUGGUGCCUAAAGCCUACAUAAUGGAGAUGUAUGAUAUUUGAGAGUCUGGGAAAGAAAACAAAGCAACAUUUCUACUGAAGAAAAUGUAAAAUAAAAUGCAACUUUCCUGUUCUGCCCACAGGGAAGAGGUCUCCUGCCUGCCUUCAAGUGCUCUACAUUUUUAGAAGCUGCCGGAGAGCCUUCCAGCUCUCGGUGUUGAUUUUCAGCUGCCUAUGUACUUUAAACGUUCCUGUCUUCAACUGUUAUUUUAUAUAGUAAUUCAUUAAAAUAUUUCUAAUGUGAAAUUAUAUGAAUAGUGACUAAGUUAGAUGUAAGCAGUGAAGUUAUACCUGUUGCUGUUUUGUAAAGAAAUCAUUUGUUUUAAUUCACCCAUUUGGUUUGUGUGGAAAAAUCCAUUUUUCUUCUAUGCAAAUCAUGUGGUCACUGCAGCUGCUGGUGUGAGUUGUCUUGCCUCUUGGGCAUUGAGCAUCAGUUAUUUUGUAGAGUGUUACACAUAAUUUUGUAGACUUUUUAAUGAAAUAUAUCCUGUAAGUUUUCAGUUAAUGCUAAAGGAUGUGUUUCUUUAAAGUUGUGUAAUGUACUUGCCUUAAUACUGUUUUUCAUACAGUUGUAACGUGUUUUCAUGAAAGAAGUUUUGCAGAUUGGCAAAUUUACCUCUUGUUUAAAAUUGAAAAAAAAAAAAAAAGAUAAAAUUACAAGUUAGGGGAAAGUGGCAGUGUGGUGCUAUCACCUGGCAUAUAAGAACAAGCCAGAACUAGAUUUGUGCAAAGCACGUAGCGAAGAACAAAUAGCCUAGUUUGAUGAUGGACUUUCCAUGGUUUUCUACCAUAGUUUUCUUUAAGUUUAAUGAAAUCAUGGAUUCAUAAGAAACCCCAUUCUACCACGAAUACAGCGAUAGGAACAGUCUCAACAUGCUCUCGCCCCAGGUACCCUCUGAUCUUGCCUUGUCAUCGCUGUGCUGUUACAUCCUGCUGUAAAACAGUAGCACUCCAGAUCUGAGUCUGCUUUAUACUUCUCAGGGCGCUGAAAACUAAACAAGGCUCAAAGUGGCUAUAGUUACCAACCAGUGAAUGGAAAAGUAGCACUCACCAGGCAUCUGAGUUGCAUAUCUGAUACUGCUCAUAAAGUUUGCAGAAUCCUCUCAUUACCUUCCAUGUAUAUCUGAAGUAAGAGGUACUAAACUGUCCAUAAGGGAUGAUGAUAACAGCCUUACUAUGUAUGGAAUGUAUUAGUGGCUGGAGAAUUUUUGGAGUAGACAUAAUAUACUAAUGUUGAAUCCUUUUUAUUAGGUACUAUCCUUUAUUUAACUUUUCGGGCCUUUAACUUAUAAAGGUAGGGAUGAAAUGAGCUGACAAUAUUUUAAAAGCCUCUAUUAUUUUUGAAAAAACUAUUUACAAACAAUGUUAAAGAAUGCUCAUUUCACCAGUGUCCUAUAAAUGUCAUGAUCACUGUUUCAAAUGUAAAAGAAAAAAAAAUCUUAAUUUAGGUAUUGUGAGUAAAAUCGGGUUUACAUAUAUAGACACAGUCAAGCUAAAGUUUUCAGACAUUUCCUUUGCUCAAUUUCCCUUUUCCUAUUAUGGUGUCAUUAAAGUAGUUUGAAAUUAUUGUGGCACAAGUUAGACAACCAGAGAUGAACUUGGACUGGCUCUCAAAUCCAGCUGUUUCCACUGUCCUGUGCCUUUGACUCAGGCGGCCAGUAGAUGGCAGCAGCUCGUCAUCAGGUGGAACCAUUUGGGAACCCCUCCCCCACUCAAGCCCAUUGUGAAGUGGUUAGGAGGUUCCUGCCUCCUUUUACAGUGAAUCCAGGAGAGGGAGUCCUUUGCCAACUGAUGACCAACAUUUCCAAUGCAGAUAGGUCCUGGGAAUGGUGGCAACACAGAAAUAUGGUAUUACUCCUGUCCAGAGUGCCUCUGGCCUUUGUUCUUUUUCUACUUGAAUACAGCUGGGAGGUAGGAGGAAGGAACCAAAGGACUUUAAAAUUGGGAGAGACAAGAAAAAUUGCCACUACUUGCAAUUCAUGGGUACUUAGUAUUCACUUGAUCAAAUUAUUUGUGUACUGUGAGAGCGAAAGUUUUCUUUCUACCCUUGGCAAUAUAUCACACACUCUUCAAGAUCAUAAUAACGUCAUUAAUGUGAAUUUAAACAACGUGGCUUGUUAGAAAAUAUGCUAAUUGUUAUGUUCUCAUUAUGUUUGCUUAGCUUUUAUUUGUUUUUCUAUGAACAGUUGAGAGCUAAUUUCUUUGAAAGGUGAUUGUAAGUCAUAUUUUAUAUAGCAUUUUGCCUGAUUAUUUGCUCUGUACUGAAUUUGUACUCUAUUGCCAUUAGAUCUUACAAUAAUGUUCCACUCUGCAAAUUUUUAAGGUUCAAAUAAAGUUUAAUUGUUUGCAAACUG